UCUCUCUCUCUCUCUCUGUGCGUAUGAGUCAUGAAAAAGUACCAGACUUUUCACUUCAAUCAUAACUAUCCCAGGCCCCAGCAUUUAACUAAGCAACAAGGUUCACAUACUAGUUGCUUCUCAAUAAUUUCAUUCAUUAUCCCUUUUCAGCAUUGAUUUUCUCCUCUCUAUUUCUUCUUGAUCUGGGAAUUCAAAAUUUUAAAUAAAGAAUAAUUGAAUCUACAAAUCCUUUUUUUUAUUGCUCAAUUAAUGGCUUAUGCUUCUGUUGUUUCUCUUGCUCAAACUCUGGAGCAACUCAAUUCCAGAAUCCCAGGUUAGUUUUCUGACCCAACAAUAGAAUCGCUAGUUGGAUCUCUUGAAUAUUUAAAAGCCUUUCAUGAUGAUAGUAGCAAGAGAAGUUAUCACCAAGAAAAACUCACAUUUUUGGUUGGAAAGUUUAGACAUGCACUAAAUGAAGCUGAAGAUAUUAUUGAACUAAAGAUUUGUGAAAUUCAUGAAAGGGGAAGUUUGAGUGGUAUUGAAAAAGCAAGUGAAGAUUUACUAGCAAGUUUACUACCACUAGUAGAGAAAAUUGAGUUAAUAAGGAAAGAGUUGGUGCUGAGUCUUGAGACUUGCACUAGCCAUGGCCAUGACAUUGAAUCUGCUGAUGAUCAUUUCAAGACUCGGGAAUCUAUGCUUGGAAGUCCGUCUAGAAGUAGUUUUAAUACAAAUGCUGUUGUGGGUCUUGAUGAUGAUUUGGAGAAGAUUAUAGAAAGACUACUUGGGUCCUCAUCCGAGAGAAAAGUUGUUGCCAUUACAGGUAUGGGUGGAAUUGGCAAAACGAUACUUGCUAAAAAAGCUUAUGAUCAUCGUCAAGUUAGGUGUCGCUUUGACAUUCACGCAUGGGUUACAGUAUCUCGAGAGUAUGGAAUGAGAAGAUUGUUGUUAAGUCUCGUCUGUUGCAUUCCAGGCAUGACUGAUAAAUUUCUAGAGAAGACUGAGGAUAAAUUAGCAGAGUUGUUAUAUAGAAGAGUAAAGGAUCGAAGAUAUCUUAUUGUCGUUGAUGAUAUUUGGAGUACCGAAGUUUGGGACAAUGUAACAAGAUGUUUUCCAGAUGACAACAAUGGGAGUCGAAUCAUAUUAACCAGCAGGCUUAAGGAUGUGGCCACUUAUGCGAAUCCUGAUAGCCCUUUGCAUGAGAUGGGGGUAUUAAGUUUAGAUGAUAGUUGGAAAUUACUUUCUAUUAAGGUUUUUGAGGCAAAUGAUCUUUGUCCUUCUGAGUUGGAGGUUAUCGGGAAGCAAAUAGCAGAAAAAUGUGGUGGACUUCCUUUGGCAAUUCUGGUGGUUGCAGGGCAUCUUUCUAAAAUUGCUAGGAGAAGAGAAAGUUGGAUUAUUGUUGCCAAAACUCUAAGUUCAGUUGUUGCUAAUGAUCCUGAUAAAUGCCUAGGAGUGCUUGGUAUGAGUUACAACUACCUACCGAACCACCUCAAGCCAUGCUUCCUCUCUAUGGGAGCUUUUCCCGAAGACUUUGAAAUAAAAGCUCGGACUUUGAUCCAAGUUUGGGUUGCUGAAGGGUUUUAAGCCGAAAGGCUCAAGAGCUUGGAAAAAGUUGCAGAAGAGUGUUUAGAGGAUCUUAGUAGUAGAAAUCUGAUAAUGAUACAGAAGUUGUGGCAUACAUGAUUUGUUAAGGGACUUGAGCUUAAGAGAAGCUGAAAAAGAGAAGUCUCUGCAUGUGACAUCAAUUCGUUAUGUCUCAAACUUUCUAGCUCAAAGGCAUGAGCGUCGUGGCUUUAGCUUUCUUUCCGACAUUUCUCUGGAUGAUUCUAGUGAGUUAUCCUCUCAAGUUGUUCGAUUGAUGUUUUUCUGGGGUAAACUAUUAAUGCAUGCUCCGCCUCAUAGGAAAAUGUCCUUAUUCACGAGCUUCAAACUUAUCAGAGUGCUGGCUAUUUUUUCUCAUUUGUUUUCUUCGUUCCCAGUUGAGAUAACACGGCUAAUUCAUCUGAGGUAUCUUUGGAUUCGAUCAAAUGGUAAUCUUCCUGCAUCAGUUUCUCAGCUUUAUCAUCUGCAAACAUUGGUGCUUCAACAGCCGGAACUAUUUUAUAUGUACAAAACUUUAAUUUUGCCUCGGGAGAUCUGGAACAUGACACAGCUGAGGCGUUUGCGUCUACUGAGUGGAAACUACUUGUCUAAGCCUAAAAGAACUGAUGAGGGAGCAACAGAUAAUGUUUUGGGGCUAAGAAAUCUAGAGGAACUUUCUCAUUUAUGUUUAGCUAGUUGUACAGAGGAAGUCUUUUCAUGCAUUCCCAAUAUACGUAAAUUGAGUAUUCUCGAUGCUGCUUCAGACGAUGCAUCUGAAUACUUAAAAAAUCUGGUCCAUUUAGAGAAACUUGAAACGUUGAAGUGCGUCUGCUAUGGUCAAAAGCGGCUCUCCUUGUCAAACUGGUGUGCUUCCCUAACAUCUGUUAAGAGGUUAAUAUUAUCUGGUUGUCUUCUGCUUUCUGAAGACAUGGCAAAUCUUGCUACAUUGCCCAAUCUUGAAGUGCUUAAACUUAGAGAUAACGAGUUUGAAGGUCAUGCAUGGAGACUAAGUGAUGAAGACGAGUUCAAUCAGCUAAAGUUCCUACUACUUGCUGAGCCGCGGCUAGUGAAGUGGGAAUUAGCUAGUAGUGUUAACUUCCCAACUCUUCAAAAAUUAGUAUUGAGGAAAUGCAUAUGUCUUGAGGAAAUUCCGAUUGAUAUUGGGGAGAUAUGUACAUUGGAGGCAAUUGAAUUGAUCUGCUGCAGUCCUGCACAGAAUUCAGCAACAGAAAUUCAAGAAGAACAAGAGAGCAUGGGAAAUUCUUGUCUUGAUGUCCGCGUUUAUGCUGAUGAUGAAUCUUCGUCGUUGUUCGACUUCUGGAGAGCUGUACUAGAUUGAGCUUGAGAAAUAUAUACUAAAGACUGAAUGCACCAUCUUGAAAGGGAGUCUUGGAGCAACGUAAAGUUGUCUCCAUCUGACCUAUAGGUCAGAGAUUCGAGCCGUAGAAGAUUGUCUACACCACACCCCUUGAUUGGGAUGCGGUCCUAUCCCGGACCCUGAACGCCCAUCUUCUUAUCCUAACCAUAGGAUGUGCCUAUAGGAUGCGCCUGUUGUGCUACAUACUUAGUUAUGCGCAUUGCAAUGGUUGAAAAUAUUGUGAAUGACUGGAUAUUGCAAGUGACUAUAUUUUGGUUAAUUAAUUAGUCAGGAUCAAUAAAUUCCUCAAUCCAAUAAUCAGUGAAAUCUUUAAGGAAAAUAAAGUAA